AUGGUCGACAUAGCUCCCACCCGCAUCGCCAUCAUCACCGGAGCAGCGCAAGGCAUCGGUGAGGCCAUCGCACUCCGGCUCGCGGACGACGGCAUCGACGUCGUGGUAAACGACCUUCCCGUGAAGAAGGACAAGCUCGAUUGGGUCGCGAAGGCCAUCCAAGCUAAGGGCAGACGGUCCCUUGCUGUCCUCGGCGACGCUACGGUCGAAGCGGACGUCGUGUCGCUCGUCGAAAAAGCGGUAGAGGCGUUCGGCGGUCUGAAUAUUAUGGUCGCCAACGCUGGCACGAUCCAACGCGUGCCCAUCGUCGAUACGACCAUCGAGGACUGGGACCGCGUCAUAAAUGUGAACCUGCGAAGUGUCAUGCUCGCGUAUAAGCAUGCUGCGCGCCAGAUGAUCAAGCAGGGCCGUGGGGGCCGCAUAAUUGGCGCGGCGUCGAUGGCGGGGAAGAAAGGAUUCGCUUAUUUUCCGUCAUACUGCGCAUCGAAAUUUGCGGUCCGCGGAUUGACGCAAAGUGUGGCACUCGAGCUUGCGGAACACAACAUCACCGUCAAUUCGUAUGCGCCGGGUAUCAUCCCGACUGGCUUGACCGAGCGUGCGGAGGACGAAAAGAACGGCGGUCGAUGCUCCACCUUCCUCCUCGCCGCUGGAUUGCCUCUCAACGUCCCUAUCGGCACAACGGCGAUGAUUGCGGAGCUUGUGGCAUACCUUGUGAAGCCGGAGGCACAGUUCAUGACAGGUUAG